GGUUGGCAUUUAAAGGUUGAGGUUUUAGAAGAAAUUCUUAUUCCUCAUCCCAAUAGAGAAGAAGAGAAGAGAAGAGAUAAGAAGAUCAGAAGAGAAGAGUAAGAAUAUGAAUGAUUUAGCAGGUCCAUUGAUAGCAUCAAUAUUGUUUGCAUUUCUAUCACCAGGAAUGAUAAUACAGAUGCCUGGAUCAGAAAAACCACUUGAGUUCAUGAACUUCAAGACAAGUUUUGCUUCCAUUUUUGUUCAUGCUGUUGUCUUUCUUCUCCUCCUUAUUCUCUUCCUUGUUAUGCUCAACCUCCAUAUUUACAUCUAAUUAUGUAAUCUCUCUCUCUCUCUCUCUCUUUCGAUUAUCCAUGUUAUCAUUUGUAAUUUCAUCUUCCUUUCUUUCUCCUUCAUUUAAUGCAAAACUACGUACUUUUCUCUUCUUCA